CAUCACAGCCAGUCUGCCAUCCCCCCAGCAAGGUGUCAAUUUAGGCAGCUAAGUAUCUGUUCUACCUUGCGUUUUAUUCUACGAUUUUUAUACUAAUUUCUGCUUGACAUCUCGGGCCAUUUGAUGCCAUGAGGGGAAUCAGUUUUUUCGUGGUUUUCUUGGUGCUAUCCGCGUCCCUGCUGUGCGCAACCGAAGCGGCCAGGAGCAGGACCAGCAACCAGAACAGCUUCCGACGGGCAGCUAAUGGCAUCUACCAGACUCUAAGCAGCGUUUUCGGGGAGGACAACAUUAGAGGGUUGUACAAGUUUUUCUCCAAGACGACUGAGCGGUUUGUCCAUGGAGUCGACUCGUUUCUCGACACCAUCUGGAAGAUCUGGUCAGAUUUGCUGGAUGUGAUGGGCAUCGACUCCUCAAACCUCAGCCACUACUUUAGCCCCACAUCUCUCACCAACUCUCCAGCCCGAGCCCUGCUCCUGGUUGCCGCUGUGCUCUUGGCCUACUGGUUUCUCUCCAUGUUCCUGGGGGGUUUCUUUUACCUGCUGCACGCUUUGUUCGGCCGCUUCUUCUGGCUGGCGCGUGUCACGCUCUUCGCCCUGUCCUGCCUCUACAUCCUGCAGAAGUUUGAGGGUGACCCCGAGCGCGCGGUGCUGCCGCUGUGCUUCAUCAUGGCGGUGUACUUCAUGACGGGCCCUGUGGGAGCGUACUGGCGUCGGGGAGGCGGGGCAGGUUCGCUGGAAGAGAAAAUCGACCACCUGGACACUCAGAUCAGGUUGCUUAACAUCAGGCUGAGCCGCGUCAUAGACAGCCUGGAGCGCCCCGGCGAGCAGUAGGUGGCGGCGAGGAUGAGGGGGAGGGAGGGGAUAAUAAGAACCAGCUGCAGUUGAUGUCAGAAUGCUGUUUCCUGUGCACAUCUGCAGCUACACAACUACUGGGUAUUUACAACUCUAUUGUCAGAUGGGGGACAAAACUAGAAUUGAAAACAGUAUUUUAACUGCUUGAGCUGAUUUUAGUUACAGAGUACCUAAAAAUCCUCAGAAGUGUGGACAGUUGACUCGGAGCUUACGCAAAUCAACCAAACAAGUUUUUCUUUUCUUUUUGUGUCGAGGUUUUGAAAAGUUUUUGCUACAUCUGUGGGGAAGUUAUCAGAGAGAUGUCCAUGGUUUUCUAAAUGCUGGCCUAAUUCUACUCCUCAGCCACUUUUGAGAAACUCCCAAGUUGAGGCUUGAAUUUUUGGUGUUUGGAUAGGCAUUGUUAAUGCUUGUGCCAAACAAAUAAGCAUAUUUGAUGUAUCUUUGUUUAUUUCUGUCCUUGUGAAUAGAGUUAACUGGGGGUUGUGAUUCUUACACUGGUUUGCCCAAAAAUAUUUUUUUCCCCUUUUUGAAACUAUUGAAGUAGGAAGGGGGUUGGGUGUCUGAUGCAGGGGACCGAUGCAAACAUUGUAUUUCUAAUAUGUAAAAAUCCUCAACAUGUUGAAUAGUUGUUCAUAGUGACAUUUAUUUAUUCCAUUUUCCAUCCAAAAUGUUGAAAUCAUGUAGAUCUAGUUUGUUUCAUGAAGUCGCCAUUCCAUAGUGGCAAUAGUUUGACAUCAGGACCUCUUUUUCAUUGUGUGUGUGUCGAAUGUGUGUUUAAAUGCAUUAGUGUGUGUGCGUGUUUCAAGCUUGUGAAAAUAAAAAGCACUGUAACAAAAAGUCACCAUCAGACUGGGAGAAAAUGCAGACAGGCAGCAAUAUCUCAGGGACUCAGCCAACACACAUAUAGAAUUGGAAAAGAGAUAUCAAGUAUAUUAAAAUCACGUGGUCUCUUUGAGUCACAGUUUUUCAGAUAUGGAUUGAAAUCUGUCUUAGUAUCGUACAGUACUUAUUGAUAAAUGGCCGUACAGUCUGUGUUCUUGCACCACGUUGAAACUGAAGUUUGAUUGAUGUCUAAGACCAAAUCCAGCUUUUCAUUCAUCAUUUUGAUACUAACAUGGGAUUAUUGUUGGACUUGAACAGUCGUUAGUGGUUCUAAAGUUUAAAUUGGGGGAAAGACAUUUUUAAAUGUGUGAAUGCACAAGCAGAGUCUGCACAAAAGUGGUUCAGGAAAAAGAAUCGCACUGGCUUGAAGUAUGUCUUAACACAGCUCUUACAAUGAGGAUUUUUAGUGGAGUCGAGUGAAUGGGAUCAAUUUCUCAGCUUGAUUACAGAUUAAAUUUGGUCUAGUGCCUUUGGUUCUGUGGCAAAAAUACAAGCUUGUACUGUACAAGCCCGUUUGACCCUGCACCUGCAUUGGAGAAGGCAGGCUUGAAGCUAAAUAGUUCCAUGUAAGUAUGUGCUAAUAGGUCUCAUCUGUAACCUAAUGAGAGAUUUUCAACCAGUCUGAUUAAGACAAACUGUGCUUUGGACAUGUGCUUAGUGUGCAUCACUGUAGCCAACUUAAGUUUGUUAGUUUGAUAGGGCUUUUUAUAUCUUUAUUAUUUCUGCCAAGUAUUUUUUUUUUUAAUUUCUCAUGUGCCCUCAUAACAGACCUCCCCCUCCCCUGCCAUGCUCCUCUAUGUUUAACACAUAUGUCUUCAUCUAUUCAUACUCCCCUUGGCACAGUUUUUUCUAUAAUCUGGACUCUGUAAACACUUGUUUUUCUACAAACGACCCUAAUGCUGUGCAAAUUUGUUGGGUUAAAUGUUGCUUUCAUUGUCUAAUGAGAAAGGUCGAGUAAAGGAGGACACAAGUCAGUACUGUGGCAUGAUGGUUGAGCUGAUCAGAUGGGUCUUACAAUUGAUGACACUACUGACGCCAAAGAACCAACCUGUAUUUUUAUCCAUGAUGCUGAGAUUUCACAGACUCCUUAGCAACUAUUAGUAUGUGUGAGAUGCCUUGGGAUGCAUUUUUUGCCCCACUCCUAAUGUUUCUCAGUGUAGUGAGGUGUUAACAUCCUUCUUUAAGAAGGAAGGUGAUUCAUCACAGUACAGACACAUGGAAUCUCUAAAUCUUGCCUUUCAUCUUUAUCUAGGAAUGAAAGACGGGUGCCUCCUAAUUGCAACAGAAAUAGUUAGACUGAAUACAGGUUGACUUCAUGUGUAUCGACUGAAAAUCUCUCAGUUUUAAAAGAUGUCCUCAUUUUCCUCAAAUACACCCAGUUCAUCUCUGCAGUCAACCCCCCACCCCCAGACAGCCCAUAUAGCCAUAAUCUGGGAUUUUCUUGCAUGCUAUGCUUUUAUGCCUUCAAUGUUAUGUUAAAUUAUAUACAUGUUGUUGACUGCCUAUCUAGAGAACCCUUCCAAAUUGUGAUGUGUGAUGUGAUGUUAUGAUUAUGUUAGAGAUUUGUAUUAUAAUGACUCUUAUUUUCUGCACCAUUACAGUCAACAUUUGCAUUUAUGACUGUACUGUAUAGACCAAAUUAUCACACGUACAAGGCCUGUUUCACAAUGCAGGACUAAACUGGACUCAAACUGUCUGACUUUUCCUCUUUCCAUCAUCACAGCCAUUUUGUCUUAUCUUGUUAUCUCUGACAUGUCGGGAAAUUUUAAAAUGUGUAAUUAAAAAAAAAAAGUGUUUUUUCAUUAAUUCGUAGAGGCAAAGACGGCUUUGAUGCCGGUGUCUUGUAGUGUGUGGUUACAGUCUGUAGCCAGUGACGUGUAUGUUUUGUAAUAAUCCUGAACAUCACUGAAGGAAGGUUUACAAGUACUAAAGUUGGAGUGAAGUGAUCUAAAGGGGUCAGGUUGUUGUUUAUUAUUGUAUGGAAUUCAAACACAGACAUGUGAUACUGUACUUUAGUUGCUUCAGGACUUGAAAAAAUGAGGAUUUUGAGGGGUUCUCAUCAGGUCUUGUAUUUUAGACACUUAAAACUGCUGGAGAAAAAACAAUGAGGAGUGAAAUUGUUUCUCUUCAAAUUGUGCACAAGUUCUCGAACAGGUUUACUCUUUCUAGCACCACAAAAAACAGCCUGAUAACACUCUAGAGGCUGCAAGAGGAAAGCUUAAACUUUCCUUUCAAAUAUCACAAAAGAGACACUGUACACUUAAAGUUGCCACUAGUUUUAGACCUACUCAUGUACCACUCAACAUUACCACUUGGAUGCUGAAAGAUGCCGGUGGAUCUUUGUGUCUUUCAGUACUGGAUUGAAUGCUACAUUCAGAUUAUAUUUAUUCUGUCUUUAAACUGCCUGUUGGCUAACUAGUAAUUCCAUUAAUUUAAUGUACUGUAUCCUACAUAUUCUUAUUAUUCCAUGUAGCCUGCUUUUUAUAACAUUCCGUGCCAAUAAUGUAUAUUUUUCUUUCAGGCAAUUAUUUGUAUUUGUUUUAUUGUUUGAGUAGAUGUUGAUAUUUUUUUUCUUUUUUAUUUCAUUAAUACUUUUAGACCUUUUUGUUUUUUUUUUAAUCAGAGCAUUUCUGUACUUUAGUGAUGUGGCAAGCACCAAACUGUUCUGCCUGCUGUUGUCUUCUUUGUGUGAGUGUGUCUUUAUCAAAACCUGCUGAUGGCUAAAUGGUACUUUUUUGUGUAAAAAGUGAAAAUGAGGUCCAGAUUUGAAUAAAUCAAACACC